UUACCUGCUGUGGAGCAUUCUGGGAUGGACUCAUCGUGUGAUACAUUCAUUGACAAAAGACAGCGUAAAAUAUCAUAUCUCAUCAGCAAAACAUGGUGGAAGGACAAAGCUAAAUUUAUUCUGUAUGCAGGCGGUAUUUUUACAUGUUACCUUUGCUUUGGAAUUGCUCAAGAAUCAAUUACACAAGGUAAAUAUGGUAUUGAUGGGAAGGAGCGUUUUACUUAUACCCAAGCACUUGUAUUUAUGCAGUGUGUUGUAAAUGCAGCACUUGCAUAUGUUUUGAAAAAUCAGACAGAAGAUAAUGUACCGAUAAGAAUGUAUUCGGUUUUGGCAUUCUCCUAUCUGCUAGCAAUGUUUGCCAGUAACCAUGCAUUGCAAUAUGUUGCGUAUCCAGCACAGGUGUUAGGUAAGUCAUGUAAACCAAUACCUGUCAUGGUUUUUGGUUUUCUGAUCGCCAAUAAACGAUAUCACUGGAGAAAAUGUUGCUAUGUCUUAAUGAUUGUGAGCGGUGUUGCUUUGUUUCUUUAUAAAGAAAAAGCAGGUAACAUGCACCAAAAAUCAACUUUUAACUUGGGAGUUGGCGAGCUUCUUUUGUUGCUGUCCUUAGCUAUGGAUGGUACUACAGGAGCAAUUCAAGAUAAAAUUCGUCACCAGUAUACAGUAAAAGCUCAUAAUAUGAUGUAUCAUAUGAAUUUUUUCUCAUCAUUAUAUCUUCUUAUUGGUCUAUUACUUACAUCGGAAUUAUUCAGUUUCAUAACGUUUGUAUAUAAUUAUCCCGAAUUAUUUAUCAAUUUGAUAGCUUUUGCGGGAACAGGCUGUAUGGGACAGUACUUUAUCUUCAAAACUGUGGCAGAAUUUGGUCCAUUGACUUGUGCAAUCGUUACAACAACGCGUAAAUUAUUCACCAUACUAUGUUCUGUGAUAUUGUUUGGUAAUACUCUAACACGAAGACAAUUUUUAGCCACUGCUAUUGUGUUUUUGGGUUUGGUGUUAGAUGCUAUUGAUAAUAAAAAGAAAAAACUGAUUACAGCAGGGAAACAUAUUGAAGAUGUUACUAAUAAAAGUAAAAUCCUUAUCGGUACCGUUUACCGCAGUGGUAAUGUUACAUUUUCACCUGAUGGUAAUUCGUUAAUCAGUCCCGUCGGCAAUAAAAUUACAGUAUUUGAUUUGAAAAGUAACCAAGCAAACACUAUAGCCAUUCAAUCAAAUUUUAACAUUAAGAUAGUUGCUAUUCAUCCACGUGGGACGCAUGCUUUUUUGGUAAAUGAUGCUGGGCAAGCUCAGUACGUAAACUUAGCCACCCAGACUGUUCUUUACCGACAUCAUUUUCGUGCUCGUGUUAAUGAUGCGAAGUUUUCAUCCGAUGGCAAACGUCUGGCUGUUUGUCGAACUGGUGAUGUUCAAGUAUUUUUGGUGUUUGGAAUUGAAAACUUUCAACUAAAUCCGUUUGUCUUAAUACAAACACACAAAGUUACUGCUGAAAAAGUCAGACGCGUAGAGUGGAGCUAUGAUAACAAACUGCUGGUCGCAGGUUCAGAGGACAAACAAGUCCGCAUUGUAUCGGCAGUUGUCAGUUUGCAGAAUCUUUUUUUACAUGCUUUAGCUGCACACAAGGCAGAAGUUAUUGGCAGUCAUUUUUGUCACAACUCGUAUGAUGUAGUAUCCGUUGAUAAACGUGGAUUGGCAAAUCACUGGACUUGUGCUUUGAAGCAAAAAGAUUUAGUGAAAGGAUUAUGUUCAAAAGAUACUCCUGAAAAUGUUAAAAAAAUGUGGUAUGAUAAGACAAAAAGUGUUCCUUGUAUGCAUAUUAUUUGCAACCUUAUUAAUGUAUAUAUUGCUAUAUUUUCAAUUCAAACUUUUCCAUUAUAUUUCUAUAAUUUUUUUGGACAUCAUAUGAUGGAACACUUGGAUAAUGCCAAGGGCGUUAAUUUAACAGCGAGUGCUUAUCACGCAUCAACUUCGCUCUUGAUAACUGCGUUUUCAAAUGGUGUAUUUCUUCUACAUGAAAUGCCGCAUUUUAAUCUUAUACAUAGUUUACGAGUGUCGGAAGCAGAGGUGUCAUCUCUAGCUGUAAACAACUCUGGAGAUUGGAUAGCUAUAGCAUGUGGAAAAGGAACUGAAGGUCAGCUGGUGGUCAAGAUUUGGUCUUGUCGAUCCUCAUUUUGUGUUGUGACUUUUACUGAUCAUAGCAGUGGAAUAAGUGCAGUUUGUUGGACUUCCGAUUGCAAGGCUGUGCUGUCUGCAUCGUUAGAUGGAACUGUACGAGCACAUGAUCUUGUUAGAUAUCGCAAUUUUCGUACAUUGGUUUCUCCUGUUAAAACUCAGCUCGGUUCUCUCGCCGUUGAUUCUAAUGCUGAACUUGUUAUGGCAAGUUCUGUGGAAAUCUUUAAUAUUUAUGUUUGGAGCCUUCAGAAUGGGCAACUGUUAGAUGUUUUAUCAGGGCACACAGCUCCAAUCGCGUCGAUUUCUGUUCAUGGCGCUCACAUGGCUUCGGCAUCUUGGGACAAAACUCUUCGCGUGUGGAAUGUCGUUCAGUCAUCAGUUGAAACAGUUGAUUUACUUUUUGAAGGCCUUGAUGUAACUUAUUCUCCAAGUGGGGAAAUAUUAGCUGUUUUGUGUUUUGAUUCUUCGAUUAGUCUUUUUGAAACGCAAACACUGGCACAGUUGGGUACGAUUGACACUGCUCUUGAUUGUAUUAAAUAUCGUAAUUUAAGGACUUUUACUUGUAUAUGUUUCUCUGCCGAUGGAUCAUUACUUCUUGCUGCUGGACAGUCUAACUACAUAUGCUUAUAUAGUGUAGCAGAAAGAUUUAUAGUUAAAAAAUUGCAAUUAACAAUCAAUCGCAGCCUCGAUGGAGUUAAGAUGGAUAUAAAUAGGCGUAAUUUUUCGGAAUUCGGUAACAUGAUGUUAAUAGAUUGCUCUGAUAGUGAAGAUGAACAAGAUGGUAAGAAACGCAUAAAACUCCCAGGUACACGGCAUUCAGAUCUCUCUGAAAGGCGCUGUCGACCGGAAAUGCGCGUUAACAAUAUAAAAUGUUCACCUACUGGCAGAUGUUUUGCUGUGUGCUCAACAGAAGGCGUGGCUGUGUUUUCUCUUGAUCACCGUAGUCUUUUCAAUCCAUUUGAGCUUGGUGUGCAAGUAACUCCAGUCACAGUUAAGAAUGCAUUGCUUGAAAGAGAGUAUUCAGCAGCACUGGAAAUGGCAUUACAGUUAAAUCAGGAAGAUAUAAUCGAAAAUGUUUUCUUAUCUACACCUGUAGCUCAAAUUGACGUUGUGGUGCGCUCGUUAUCAAUUGCUUAUGCGGAAAAAUUACUAACUUGGCUUGCUCAGAAUGGUAAUGGCUCUUUGGAAAGGCAUAUACACUUUUGGCAGAUAUGGCUUAAAAGUUUGUUAAUGGAACAUGGAUAUCAGAUUAAGCUUAAUCGAGCCUCGAACUUAACUUCACUAACGUCAUUGCAGCAAUGCAUAUCUGAUUACGCAAAUCAUGUGACAAAAUUGUAA